CGUCGCCGUCGUCGUCGUUGUUGUUUGCAUUGUUUUCGUUGUUUUCGUUAUUUUCGUCCACCUCGUGGCCGUGGCCGUCGUCGUCGUGUCACGAGCCUUUCGUUUUUCUUCUUAAAUCAACCAACUCGUAAAGUCAAAUAACAAAUUUUCAAACAGAACAACACCCCUUCUCUUUUUUCCCACUCUCUUUCCCACUUCACCCCAAUUUAAAAUCCCCCUUUUUUUUUACUUUCAUCAUCGUUUCUUCUUAUCUUUAUUCUUAUCCAUCGUUGUCGUUCUUCUUCUUUUUUUGUGGUUAUAAAUUAUCUCUUUCUCUUUCCACCCCCUUUUUUUCUUUCUUUCUCUCCCUUCUUUCUUUAGUUUUUUUUUUCUUCUUUUCUCUUCUUCCUAAUCUUAUUACCUCUUCUGAUACUCUCUUUUGAAAACCCUUCUUUAGAAGAAGUUUCUUUUACUUCUUCUUUUUCUUCCUGUUCCUCCUCUUCCUUUUAUUUUACUACGACGAUUUAUUCCAAAGAGGAAACACGUACUCCGGAGAAACAGGAUAGACAUUAAAGAGAUCUCUAGGAGGAGAGAGAAAGAAAGACGAGUCGCACCAGUAUAGGACAAUCUGAUUUGUUUAAAAUCAUCGUAAGGAUGGAAGGAUUGUAGGAACAAUCGUAAGAAAUUCUUUUUUGCGAUCAUAUUUAUCGUAUACAAGGUAUUAAGGACAAUCAUUAAUCUGAGGAAUAAUCGAAAGAAAGAAAACUUUAUCGUCUACCUCGAUCAUGCUCAGCCCAAAGAUGCAAAGAACCGUGAGGGUAAACGACUCUCAGCUAGUGAUGCUCUCGGAGAGAGCCCAUUAUGAUAAUUCGAUGACUGGAUUUUUACACAAACGAACCGCUGAUUCAGGAAAAUGGCAAUUAAGGUGGUUCGUCUUGUAUCAGAAUCUGUUAUUCUAUUACGAAAACGACACUAGCUCGCGACCAAGUGGUGUCGUUUUGCUAGAGGGCUGCUAUUGCGAUCGUCUCAUCACCGCUAAAGGCAAAGAACCGGAUAAACAACACUGUUUUGCAAUAACGUACAGAAGGGAAAAUCAACGACAAUACGAGUUGAAAGCGAGUACAGAAACGGACUGCAAACAGUGGAUCGAUGCUAUACGAGAAGCCAGUUAUGUACUUUGAAGAAGGAACUAAGGCCAUCAGUUGCACAAGGAUUCACAACUCGUCCAGGAUUUCAAAGGACUUUGUCCCAAGGAACAGGAAGUUUAGCAAGUGGUCUGGUACAUUAUGGUCUUUAUCCCGAAAUUCAAGGUUCACUCGUAUCCUGUUCGCUUGGUUUACGAGGUAUUACCGAAGGUUCCGUCGAAAUGCAGAAAAUUAAAAAAGUUCAAAGCUUUUUCCGUGGCUGGCUUUGCCGUAGACGUUGGAAACAAAUCGUCGAACAAUAUAUCAAGAGCCCACAUGCAGAGAGUAUGCGCAAACGAAACAGCUUGGUGUUUCAAAUGGUUGAGGCCGAGGAAGAAUACACGGAACAAAUGGAGAUAUUGGUUAGCUGUUUCCUGAGGCCUUUUAAAAUGGCUGCCAGUUCGAAGAAACCCCCAUGUAGUCACGAAGACGUGAAUAGUAUAUUUUUGAAUAGCGAAACAGUACUGUUCCUUCAUCAGAUCUUCCUGAAGGGUCUUACUUCUCGCAUGGAGAGCUGGCCCACUUUAGUUUUAGGUGACUUGUUCGACAUACUACUACCAAUGUUGUCAAUUUAUCAAGAAUACGUGCGCAACCACCAUUACAGCCUUCAAGUGUUGACCGAGUGCAAGCAAUCAUCCCCUUUUGUUGCGCUUCUCAAUAGAUUGGAAAAUAAGACUGCUUGUCAUGGACGAUCACUUGAAAUGUUUUUAACGUAUCCGAUGCAUCAGAUUCCGAGAUACAUAAUUACUCUGCACGAGCUUCUGGCACAUACACCCCACGAUCACGUUGAACGAAAGAGUUUGCAGAAUGCUAGGCAACAGCUGGAAGAUUUGUCUCGGCAAAUGCAUGACGAGGUGAGCGAGACGGAAAAUUUGCGAAAAAAUUUGGCAGUAGAGAGAAUGAUCGUUGAGGGUUGUGAUAUACUUUUGGAUGUUAAUCAAGUAUUCGUCAGACAAGGUGCACUCGUACAGAUACUUGAUAAGCCACGAGGAGCACGUAGCAGAUUGAGUGCAACAUUUGGUGGUAAAGGUUCCAGUGACAAGGAAGCUGUAAGACAGUGUUUCCUAUUUUCGAAUCAUUUGUUAUUGACAACAAGACAAUCUGACGAUGAUGGUCGUUUGAAUUUGAUACCGCAUAUCGGCAAAAUUCCAUUAUCGGAUGCUGUUCUCAUAGAGGAUCCCUGCGAACAAGGUGUUACGGACGAUGACGAAUUUUCAGUAUGCUCUAUGUCAAGUGGAAUCAGUGAGAGUUGUGGAAGUGCAAGUGGAAAUACUAGUUCACAACUUCAAAAUCGUGACUUCAAGAUCGUACUCGAUGUGAAAUCUGGUGGGCCAUUGGUUACCGUUCAUCUCGUAGCACCAACUAUCCAGGAAAAAGCAGCAUGGAUAAGUGAUAUAAGUCAAUGCAUGGACAACGUACAUUUCAACGAUAUCUUUCAUUGCUCGAUGUCGGACACAAGUUCCGUUACGAUGCCACAAUCGAUUAAAAACGAUCCAAAAUUAUUCAAGGACGACGUAGACAUUAGGUUCAGUCGUACAUUGAACUCUUGUAAAAUUCCACAAAUCCGUUCGGCCACUCCUGAACGUUUAUUACAAAGGCUUACCGACUUACGAUUUCUUAGUAUCGAUUUUCUCAACACGUUUCUGUUGACCUACCGAGUAUUCACCGAUGGUGUCACGGUAUUGGAAGCGUUAAAAAAAGUCUUUUACGAAACAGAACCACCUGAUGCACAAAUGCCUUGUGGUUCUCUCGUAUCGUUAGAUGUUUUGGGAGGUACCAUGAGUGAGGGUCAAACUCAUACGGAUGAACGAAGACGAAGCAGUGUUUCUCCAAGAAGAACAAGUGGUGCUAGUUCUGUUUCAGGAUACGGAUCAGAAAUUAGCGAACGAGACCGACAUUACAUGUACGAAUCAAAUACUGGAGCACACACGUUAAAUUCGAAGACUCAUUGGCGUGGUGGUUGUAAAAGAUUGGAAGAAGAACAAUCAUUAGGAUUGAUAACGGAAGCACCAUCGAUCAUGAAACAUAGUCCAACAUUGCAAUCGUCAAAUCCGUCCGUGACUACUCAAUCUUCAGCAACCUCAAGAAAAAUCAGCAUACGUGUUGACAAUAAUACCGAAAAUGAUGGAUGUCAUCUUACCAUUCCAAAAGUUAUAGCCGGAUCAUCGAGUUCAGAAACGUUAACUGAAGCAACAGUACUGAGUGCACCAUCUUCACCGAGCAAUUUAAGUACAGUUACGUUAAUUGGAUCGACUGGUUCAGGAUCUGGAUCAGAUCCUAGUCCUCAAGAAGGUGGUACAAUUUCUAGAGGUAUUUCUGAAGAAACUGAUACACCUGUAGCUACAAGUACAUCUUCCAAAGAUGAAGUACAAUUUACAUAUGCCGAUGUAACACUGACAUCAGGCAAAUCUACGGAUUCUGAAACAACAGAAAAAACACCAUCGACUCCUGCUACACCACAAACACCUAAAAUCAAAGAUCACGAGAUUGAAAAGGAAACAAGAAAAGAAUGGACCGAAGAAGAAAAGACACCGGUAUCGAUUGGACAAAGUCAAACUACCUCUAUUCAAACUAAAUAUCAACAGCAUCACAUGGAACAUAGAGCAUCUGUUGCUUCUGCACCAGUUACAGGAAUGAGAAGUGGUUCAAUUUCUACCGUAAUGGGAAAUCAUUGGGCAACCCGACGAUCUAUUCAAGAAUCCGAUUUAUGUUCAUCGUCCCAAGGAAACUUUCAACAUGAUCAACAGGCAUCCAGUAAGGCCGGUGUGGUAGUUACCAGUUUUCGACGAAGUCAUCGAAGCAUCGGACCCCAACCUAUUUGGAGCAGUACAUCAACGGCAGCAACUGCAUUUGCCAUAGCAACUUCAGCAUCGAGUAAUCCACCUGACAAAGUACUAUGGAAAAACAGUGUCAGUGAUGGAAGCAAUCGAAAUGAUAAAAACAGACGAAAGGAAUCGGUUAUGUCAACAGCUGCAACCAUGAGAGUACUAAACGUUCUUCGACAUUGGGUCUCGAAACACGCUCAAGAUUUUGAAUUGGAUCAAAAAUUGAAAAUUUUGACCAUCGAAUUUCUUGAAGAUAUUAUUUAUAGUCCUAAUCUUUUACCGGCUGAACACAAAGCUGCUAGUCAGCUGUUAAGAUUGAUCACCAAAGAGGAACCCGAAAGUAACAAGGUUGAUCUUAAAAAACUCUUGACACCACCUACGGUAGCAAGUAAAGAAAGUAUUGAGACUUUAUCAGCAUUGGAAAUCGCAGAACAAAUGACUUAUUUGGAUCAUCAAAUAUUUAUAUCUAUCACUAGCGAAGAAUUUCUUGGUCAAGCUUGGAUGAAAACGGACAAAGCUACGCGUGCUCCGCAUAUUUUAUUAAUGACAAAAAGAUUUAACGAAGUAUCGCAGUUAGUUGUUUCUGAGAUCAUUCGUAGAUCAAAUAUGUCGGCUAGGGUUGCGGCUAUUGAAAAAUGGGCAGCAGUUGCUGAUAUUAGUAGAGUAUUACAUAAUUACAAUGGUGUAUUACAAAUUUGUGCUGCGUUUACCAAUAGCAGUGUGUAUAGGCUGAAGAAAACUUGGGAAAAGGUUUCUAAAACGACUAAACAAACAAUAGAAAAACUACAAAAUAUCGUCUCGUCCGACGGAAGAUUUAGAAAUUUAAGGGACGCUUUACACAGAUGCGAUCCACCAUGUAUUCCAUAUUUAGGACUAUACCUUACCGAUCUUUCCUUCAUUGAAGAAGGUACACCGAAUUUCACUGAAGAAGGUUUAUUAAACUUCUCCAAAAUGCGAAUGAUUGCACACGUGAUUCGUGAAAUAAGACAUUUUCAGCAAACACCUUAUAAGAUCGAAUUGAUCACAAAGGUAACGAAUUAUUUAUUGGAUUCGUCGUUGCUGUUAAAUGAAAAAGAUUUAUAUCGAAUGUCAUUGGAAAUUGAGCCUCGAGCAUCAAGAUUGAGCAGUUCGACUUUGAUCAAUUUGCCGCCUUCCGUGAAUUAAGUGUCAAUGAAAUAA